CGUAUAUACCACGGAUGAGUGAAACAGAGCGAUGUGUUAGGAAAACUAUUUAUUUAGUAUCAAUGGCGAUGGUGGCUUGUUAUCCUGGUCACGGUUCACAUUACGUGAAACACGUGGAUAAUCCUAAUCGAGAUGGACGAUGCAUCACAGCUAUAUAUUAUCUUAAUCAAAAUUGGGAUAUCAAGAAAAACGGUGGUCUCUUGAGGAUAUUUCCAGAAGGCUGGCGUGAUCAAGUAGCAGAUAUUGAACCUCUUUUUGACAGAAUAUUGUUCUUCUGGUCAGACAGGAGAAAUCCGCAUGAGGUUCAGCCAGCAUAUAAAACAAGAUAUGCAAUCACUCUAUGGUAUUUUGAUGCAGAAGAAAGAAAUCAAGCUUGUCGAAGAUAUCAAAAAGAAAAAGAAUUACAUGUGAAGAAUGAAAGUUCGUGAGACAUGGAGUCUGAAGGACCAUUACACCGUCCGUCGACUGAAAUUGUAACUCUAUUAGUUAAAGUUAUACACUUGUACAUAGUUAUACGAAGAAAGCACUGGUAUAAACUAUUAUGUAUUAUUCUGUAUUAUGAUAUAGUUGAGAUUGUAGGAGGUACGGACAUCGGAGUAUAUAAAAAUUUAAGGAUGUGCAAUAAAUAUAUAAGCGCGUUCUUUUUUUAUAUGAUGGCAUUGUAAUAUAUUUCGAUGAGUAAAUGCGCGUAGCCUUUAAAGUUCAUUAUUAUACAUAUUAAUCAUUAAUCUCUGUUUUUUCUAACACUCUAAUGCUCACACUGUAAUCGAACGUUUGUAAAAGUUUAGCAUUCGCUUGCCAUGAUUGUAAGUUUGUUCGUUAUAUCAAUACGAUACUUAGCUUCAAUAUUUGAAGCAUUAAAAUUUUUUGCAGCAUUCGUAAUUCGUAUACGACUGCUAAAGUUAUAUAGUGUACAGAAAGGACGAAAGAGCAUAAAAUGUAUGUGUAGGAUGAGAGUGAAAGUUUGUAUGCUAAAGAAAGAGAUUGAUUUAAAUAAUGAAAUUAAUGUUUCUAUCUUAAAAUUUUCUAAACAAAAAUUCUGUCUUAUUAUUAAUUACAUAUGUUCCCUUUAACUUCUGUAUAGCUGAUAUUGUUAAUAACAAUUCAGCUUGUUAUUAAUAUGAAAUUGUAAUAUUUGUGAAUCGUACUAUUACGUUUUAUUAUUGCAUCUCAUAUAUUACGCGUUGUUCUAUAAAGUUAUAAUCCUUAUAUUGAUGUUUGAUUAAACGGCCAGUAAUUGACUUAUGCUUCCAGCGCAGUGAAUUGAGAUAUGCCGGGGCCCAGUCUGUACCUGUAAUAUUGUUAUGUACAUUGCGAAGAGGUAGAAACACAUGUGUUUAAUAUUGUAUGUAUCUAUUUAUAUAAAUCGAUAAGAAAAAAAAAAAACAUGAAAAAAAUGAAA